AUGCCUUUAAAUCUUCGACAUAUAUUUGAUCAAAUACCAGUAUUGUCACUUCGAUAUUAUGCAUUAAUUAGUACUUCAUUAUUAUUUGGUAAUAUUUUUUAUUUUCAUCAUUUGAUUCAAUCAAAUAAUAACAAUUCAUCGAUUAUUAAUAAUUUCACACUGAUAAAUAAUCAAACAAUAUUUUAUUUUAAUGCGAAACCAUUUUCAUUAAGUUAUAUUCAAACAUUAUUAUCAAUCAUUAUAUCACAAACACUUUCACUUCUGAUACUUGUUAAUGCUAUCUAUUGUCUGAUAGCUUUAUUUAGUAAACAAUUACAAGUAUUUAUUUUUGGUGAAUUACGUUUUGUAGAAUUACAACGUAUUAAAGAUAAAUUUUGGAAUUAUGCAUUUUAUAAAUUUUGUUUUCUUUUUGGUGUACUUGGAUUAGAAAAUUUAAAUGAACUUAUUCUUUGGAUAUCAUGGUUUUAUAUUUUAGCUGUUGCUCUACUUUUUUGUCAAUUAACAAAAGAUCGAUUUGAAUUGUUAUCAAUUUCAAUAUCGAUUCCUCAUCAAUCAUUCAAAAAAAUAUUUGGUUUACUUCUUUCAUUGCUUUGCUUAUGUUUUGGUUUAUUUCUAAUUUGUUUUUGUAUUGGAUUCAAAUAUGGUGGUUUAUCAAUAUUUUUCUUUAUGUUUGCUGAAACAAUUUUAUUAACACUUGAUACAUGUUAUCUCUUAUUUAAAUUUAUAUUUAAUCAACAACAACAGUCAAAUGAAUAUCGUUCACAUAUUCUCUAUUAUGUCGAAUUCUUAUUUGAUAUGUUAACAUUAACAAUUGAUAUUUUCCAUCAUUUACAAAUGUUAUUCUAUCAUCAAACAUUUAUGUCAAUGUCAUCAUUGAUAUUUUUUAUGCAAUUAAAACCAUUAUUUAAUGAAUUAACGCAACGUUUAAAACGACAUAAAUCAUAUCGUCUUGCAAUGAUACUCAUGCAAAAAAAAUAUCCAUUAUUAACUAAAUAUGAUCUUGAAGAAAAAUUUCGUUUACAAAAUCAUACAUCAACAUUAGAAGAAGUAUGUUCAAUUUGUUGGGAAAAAUUUGAAAAAGCUCGAUGUUUACCAUGUGGACAUUUAUUUCAUGAAAAUUGUCUUCGAAGUUGGCUUGAACAAGAUACAACGUGUCCAAUUUGUCGAGUAUCAUUACAUGAUGAUACAAUUCAUUCAACACAAAAUUCUCGUCUUUGGCCAUCAUUAAAUUUUCCACGUCAAGUAAUUAAUAAUGAACAACGUGGUGGACGUAAUCAUUUAUUUCGUUUUGAUGGUAAUCGUUAUUCAUCAUGGUUACCUAGUUUUUCAAUUGUAAUCAAUCAUAAUUUUCCAUUUCGUCUUACACGUGCUCGUCUUACUGGUGUACAAUUAACAAGUAUGGCUCAAAGUGUUCAACAAAUUUUUCCACAAAUUCCAUUUGAAAUUAUUCUUGCAAAUUUACAACAAACACAAUCAAUUGAUACAACAAUUGAACAUAUUAUUGAACAACGUAUUCAAUUUGAAGCACCACCACCAGAAGAAGAAGAAGAAGAAGAAGAAGGAAUUGUAGGAUCAGAAGAAUCAUCUUAUACAUCAUCAUCGGAAAUUGAUGAAUCAAAUGAAAGAAAUACAUUAAUUAAUCCAACAGAACCAGUAGUCGAUGAUAAUGAAAAUUUUACAUGGCCAUUAGAUCCUAAUAUACCAUUUGAUAAUCGAAAACAAUUAUUGAUCUCAUAUAUGCGACGACGAUAUCUCGAACGAGAACAUCGCCUUCAAUUGUCAUUGCAGAAGUCAGAUCAAUAA